CCAGCUAAAAUUCAAAAGAAGAAGAAGCUUUCUAUAAACAGUUGAAUGAUUCCGACAUAAUUUCAUCUGAGUAAAAGAAAUGAUUUCUACGUCACCCAUCUGAUGUUGUGGCCUGUAGGCUCGAGAAGUUCCUUCGUGGAAAGAGACUUCAGAAAACCCAAAGGGAGGAAAGUUUACAAAGAGACGGAAACAUUUUUUUGCGACACUCCUGCUCUUGUUACGACCAGGCUUUGCGACAGCGUUUGUGUUUGGGGCACAUGUGAGAUUGAGCUCUGUGUGGUCUUCAGCAUGGCGAAAGACUCCAAGAAAAAAAGUAAUAAAAGGAAGUUAACGGUGAGCUCCGGUGCUCCUGUCGUCAGCGAGGGGGAUCAACAGCCGGUGUAUGAAGAGGAAGAAGAAGAGCAAGGCGGUAUGGACAGAGCAGAGGAAGAAACCGUGAGCGGCGAGGAGGACGAGGGAGAGGAUGAACGAAAACGGCAAAAAUUGCUGGAGGCCAUCAGGUCCCUGGGUGGGAAGAGGAAGAAGGCGCUGGGGGAGAGGUCCGAGGCGGCCGGACACAUGUCCGAGUUCUCUGUGAACCCUGACGGUGGUCCCGGUAAGGUCCAGCUGUCGGAUCUGAUCGGGAGCUUAGAAAAGACCUCCGCUGUCCCAGCUAAAAGCAGAAAGCAGUUGAAGAAUCUGCAGCUCUCUGAGAAAACCAUCGAAUCUCCUCUGAGCAAACAAGAGACUGAGAGGAUCCAGAGGGACAUGGCUUUCCAGAAGGCAGCCUCAGAGGUGAGCCGCUGGGACGGCGUCAUCAUCCAGAACCAGAGGGCCGAACAGCUGCUGUUCCCUCUGAACCAGGACCCGGCCGGCCCCAAACCGGUAGAGAGACUGGUGGUGGGCUGGAAGGCUCGGACUCCACUGGAGCAGGAGAUCUUUUCUCUGCUGUCUGCCAACAAGCAGCCCCUUACUGACCCCGUUCUGACCCCUGCUGAGGAGGCGUCAGUAAAGGCCAUGAGCCUGGAGGAGGCCAAGAUCCGCCGUGCUGAGCUGCAAAAAGCCCGGGCCCUGCAGUCCUACUAUGAGGCCAAGGCUCGGAGAGAGAGAAAAAUCAAAAGCAAGAAGUAUCACAAAGUGCAGAACAAGGCCAAGCGGAAGGAGUUCCUGAAGCACUUUGACGAGAUGGUGAAGCUGGAUCCAGCGGUUGCCCUGGAGGAGCUGAAUAAGAUGGAGCUGGCCAGGAUGCAGGAGAGGAUGUCACUAAAACACCAGAACAGCAGCAAGUGGGCCAAGUCAAAGGUCAUCAUGGCCAAAUAUGACGAAGAGGCUCGCAAAGCCAUGCAGCAGCAGCUGGAGAUGAACAAAGAGCUCACUCAAAAGUUGAUUACUCCACUCAACGACAAUGAUGACGACGAUGAGGAGGAGGAGGCGGAGGAGGAGGCAGGUGAUUUGCUUCCUGACUUUGUGAACGAUGCGGUGGAUGGUCGAGAUGCAUCGAAUCCGUGGAUGAAAGGCAAACUAACUGCAGAACCAGCGCAGCAGCAGCAGCAGCAGCAGCAGCUGAGUGACACGGUGACUGAGGCAGCACAGGCUGUGUGUGAGGAAGAGGAGGAGUGUCAGGUUGUGGAAACAGAAGAGGAAGCCCUCCUCAGAGAGUUUAACAGUAGGAGGAAACUGCAUCAAGCUCAGGAGUCUGACGCAGCAGGAGGUGUUUUGCCAGAGGAGGCGACGGAGGACGCAGCAGUCGAGUCGGAGGCUUCCGACAGCGAUGACAGCUGUUGCGUGUUGGAGUCCGUAAGCGUCCCCGGAGGAAGAGAAAAUGUCCUGAGAGAGACAAAAGCAGCCGACUGCUCUGAACGGUCGGCUCCGCUGGAGGAGACGCUGAUGAGGAUCAGGACCGUGGAGGACGUGGAGCUUCUCCCUCCUGAGCCGUCAGGUGAACCCAGUCAGCCUCCCGCU